AUGUGCCACAUUGAAAAUGCUAAAGGGCACUGGAAGAGACUUCGACAAACAUUCCUAAAAAAACUUGCGGAAGAACCAGUUAAAAGAUCAGGUGACGGAGCUGAUGACGAAACCAAUAUAUCAGAAUGGCCUUAUUUUAAUUCACUUUUGUUUCUGAAAGAUAAUUGUACGCCUCCAGAAACUUCAGGCCAUUUUCUGGCUCAUGAAGAGAGGGUUUCCCCUGUGUCUGAUUAUUUAAUUAAGAUCGAGGACACAUUUGUAAGCGAUGUUGAAAUGUCAUCACAAACUAGUUCCACUCCAACUUCAAGGCCAGGAACACCUCCUAGUAGUCCAACCCUUAUACAAAAACCUAGCAAAAUUCGAAAAGCAAAAUCAAAGCAAUCUAUUGGAGAUACCUUCAUUAAAGCAGAAACCGAAAAAUUUGAAUAUUUGGGACGCAAAGAAGAAGACGGACAGAAAAGGAACAUACUGGAAGAAGAAAGAGCUUUACAAAGGCAGAUGGUAGAUGAAGAUGAGGCAUUUUUCAACAGCAUACUUCCUCAUGUUAGGGCAUUGGACCCUAAAACAAAAAUUAAUUUUCGAAUAAAUGUGCUCCAGCUGUUAAAUGAUGUGUUACCAACGCCUUCCACGUCUUCUGAAUGA